AUACAAUUCAUUGUACAGGAGCCAUGUGAAUGACUCAUGCAUGCAAUAACAUGCAUAUGCGUCGUUGACAACGUCCUGCAUAGAGAAAGCUCUCCUACAGUACGGCAGAGACGUGCAGACAACUAACACGCGACCAUGUCAGUCACAUUAUCGUCACACAAUCAUCGACACUGAACGAAGCCGGCUGGAGAAAAAAGGCAGGAGCUCUGCAGAUGCGGCUCCAGGAGAACAUGCACAGCACGGCUGCUAUACGUAUAACACGUACCAUCCAUGCAGUCGCCAUGGGCGACAAACCAGCGACAUACACACAUGCUGGCCGGAAAACUCACGUACGUAUGUGCCGUCACCCGUUCCUCCUGCCCACUGCGGCAGCCAAAUCAGUCAGCAAUCACUCAUCCAGGCACGCAAUUCUCAACUCAGCCACCGACCAAAAACAAAACAAAAAGAUGACCGACAACGAGAGUCCCGCCGAGCACAAAGGUGUAUCCUUGGUUGCUUCGUUGAUUCUAUGAGUUCCUGCUGUGGCACUCCCUCUUGACGGUUGGGAUGAGGCUGUUGACGGACUGCUGCAGGUUGUCCUGGUCGCUUAGGAUGACCCGCUUGUUCUUGUCGUCCAGAGAACCCACUAUCGCCAAAGACACCACACGCGACAUGUCGAACUCGGGGAUGUCCUUGUGGAUCGUCUGACGGCCGCCCUGGAAGUUCUUCUCGACCAAAAAACCCAUACCAAUCACCUCAGCCCCUGAACCACACCAUCACACACAUUCCACGUGUCUGUCAUGUGUGCCAUCGAUCCCUCCCUCCCCCGCUCCCUCUCUGUCUGACCGGCUUGUUUGCACAUGCUGUGGAGUGCCUCGGCUGUGGUGCCGCUAGCAAGGAAGUCAUCGACGAUGAGGAUCUUGUCGUUGGACUGGAUGAACUCUGCCGCCGCAUACAGCACAAUGUCCUUGUUCUUGGUGUAGCUGCGGGACCUCGCCUCCAGCACGCUGUGGCCACUCAGGGUGAUCGGCUUCUGCAACAGACAAACACACACACACACACACGCAUAUGAACGAAUGAAUGGCAGUGUUGUGGCUCCUCGACCUGUGAGGGUCGCGACUGACUGACAUGAUCCUUACGCUUUCUCUUGCGAAGACGUACGGCACGCCCAGGUGGAACGCAGUCGCUUGAGCUGAUCGGCCCACAAACCCACAAAACAACAAAGACAACACAUCAACGAAACGAAUGCCCACGGUGCAUCUCCACCGCGCGAUGUGCCCACCUGGCGCCACGCCACUCGUCUGUGCUGUCAGCACCUUCGUAGGACCGUACUGCGUGAAGUGAUCAGCCAACGCCUGACAGCACAGCAGGAGUAUGUCAUUCAUUCUCUGGGUGGCCUUGUGACCGAUUCAUUGCCUCACCUUUCCACACGAGUCCAUGAGCAGGGGGUCAACUUGAUGGUUUAUGAACGAGUUGACCUUCAGGAUGUUGGAGGACAGCACCACACCAUCCUGCAGAAUGCGCUUCUGAAGCUCCUCCAUUUCUGUAUAUAUCUCCUGGCGAAGAAACUGUCGAACAAUCAAUGUGGAUCAAUG